GAAAGCUGGUUGCAGAGCAGGCAGCAGGGUCUCUCCACUCGGUCCUCUUUCCAAAAGAGCUUUUUCUCUCGCUAAGCCCCAGAGGUUGAAAGGCUUUCUGGGAUGUGCUGCUUCAGAGCAGCCCCGGCCUCAGCAGGGCAGAGGUUGGGCGGUAGCCGGGAGCCCACAGCUCGUGCCAGGGAUCUCCCAAUGGCCGGAGGAGACCGGCAGAGGAGAGAGGAGACAGACCGGGACUUGACCCCGCAAGCACAGCGGGCGGCGCGGCUCCGCGCGGCGCGGGGCGCUGCUGCUCCGGGAAAUGCUCCCCAGGGAUUCCACCCACACCCACUCUCGGCAGCUCUGACUGGAGCAAAGGAGGUGGGUGGGGCUGGGGUGGGGCCUCCAGGCCAGCCCCACCGAGGGCCAGCCCCGUUAACUAACUCUCGCACUCUGGGCGCAGGGAGCCGGAGAAGUGCGACGAACCCCAGGCACGUUCCAGCAGGAUCGCGCAGUGGAGCGCGGGCUGCUCCCGCACCAAAGGGCGCCUGGCAGCUCCCGCAGCUCUAGCCGUUCGUGGAAGUUGGUUCGGCUCAGCCGUUCCCAGCGGCCGCCAACGCCGCCUCCAUCGCCAGAGUGGCCCCCCCAAAAAAGGGCAAGAGAAGGAAGGCUCGGCGGGCGCGAUGGCUCCGAGUUUCUGGAUCCAACUGCAGGUCCUGCUGCUUCUGGCUGGCCCGGGACUGGGAGCCCCGCCCAGGGCUGGGGGGCGAAGGCGAGAAGCCGAGGUGUUCUUAGAGAAGUAUGGCUACCUGGGAGAGCACACCCUGCAAGCUUCCAGCUCCACCAAGCUCACUGAUGCCAUAAGGGAGUUCCAGUGGGUGUCUCACCUGCCAGUCAGUGGGCAACUGGACACUGCCACAAUGCACCAAAUGGCCCAGCCUCGGUGUGGCGUGGACGACAAGGAGAGCCACUCAGCUUGGACUGAAAGGCUCAGUUCCUUGUUUGCUGGACGCAGAGCCAAGAUGAGGCUAAAAAAACGCUUUGUGCAGCAAACAGGAGGCAAAUGGUACAAGCGCCAUCUUUCCUACCGCCUGGUGAACUGGCCAGAGUACCUGCCAGAGCCAGCUGUUCGAAGGGCCGUACAGGCAGCCUUCCAGGUGUGGAGCAAUGUGUCGUCUCUGGAGUUCUGGGAAGCACCGGCAUCCAGCCCAGCGGACAUUCGCCUUACCUUCUUUCAGGGGGAUCACAACGACGGGCUCAGUAACGCUUUUGAUGGGCCAGGAGGUGCCCUGGCUCACGCCUUCUUCCCUCGCCGUGGGGAGGCACACUUUGAUAGGGAUGAGCGCUGGUCCUUCCAAAGCCGAAGAGGUCGGAACCUGUUUGUGGUGCUGGCCCACGAGAUUGGCCACACGCUGGGGCUGGGUCAUUCCCCUGCUCCCCGGGCUCUCAUGGCACCCUAUUACAAGAGGCUGGGACGGGACUCGGUGCUGAACUGGGAUGAUGUACUGGCCAUCCAGAGGCUCUAUGGACAGCCCCUGGGGGGCUCAGUGGCUGAGCAGCUCCCUGGGAAGCUGUUCACCAAUUUUGAAGACUGGGACUCCCAUAGACCGUGGGACACGAAACCUGGAGCUAGAGGGCCCUAUUAUUGUCACUCUUUUUUUGACACCAUCACAGCAGACAAGGACCACCGAGUCUACAUCUUUAAAGGAAACAGUUUCUGGGAGGUGGAGGCUGAUGGCAAUGUUUCAGAACCCCAACUCCUCCAGGAGAAAUGGGCCAGUCUGCCCCCCUACAUCGAGGCAGCUGCUGUGUCCCAGGACGAUGGAGAUUUCUACUUCUUCAAAGGAAGUCGAUGUUGGAGGUUCCAAGGAUCAAAGCUACUGAAGGGUUACCCCCAACAGUGCCGAGCAGGAGGGCUCCCUCGCCACCCAGAUGCCGCCUUUUUCUUUCCACCACUUCAUCGCCUCGUGCUCUUCAAGGGUUCCCGUUACUACGUACUGGCCGAUGGAGGGCUACAGAUUGAACCCUACUACCCUCGGGGUCUGAGGGACUGGGGGGGUGUCCCCUCAGGAGUUCAAGGGGCCCUGCCUGGGCCUGAGGGAUCGAUCCUCUUUUUCCAGGAUGAUCGCUAUUGGCGCUUUGACCCCAUCUCACUGAAGGUGGUAGCAACAGGCCAGUGGGCCAAAGAACUCCCGUGGAUGGGCUGCUGGGACGCCAACUCUGGGAGUGCUCUGUUCUGAGCCUCCUGGUCUGUGAGUGAGCAGCCAGAGCUCUAGUGCCCAGCCUUUUCUUCCCCUACCAUGGAGAGGGGGGCAGUCAUCAUGGCGCCCAACUCCACAGGAGGAGGAACAAAGUGGGGUUUUCUUGGAGUGAGAGAAGAGGACCAUGGAGCAGCCAUUCUCCAGGCAGAGUCAAGGAACAGAGCGCAGUGCUAUCUCCUAAUGGACACGAUAGUGAUGGAUGAAUCCCAAAUAAAGAGGGAGGAAAGGAGAGAAUUAUUUCUGGGAGUUAGAGUUGGGGAGGGGGAGAGAAAAGGCUGAAUAGCAGAGAUCUAGAAAAAUAUUGCCUCCUCCCCUCCUCUAAACAUCCCCAAAGGAUCCAUUGGGAAGUAAGAGCAUCAGGGUCAGGUCAACAAACUUCAAGGGUGGAGGACUAAAAUCUCUCCAUGAGGCGGGGUCAGCUGGGCACCUUUCCCUUUGGCCCCUGUUGUUACAAUAGCACCAUUCUCUCAGACACACACAAACUCACACAGCAUUCCUUAAGCCCUAAACCCCAGAAAUAGCAGAGAUUCUUAGUGGAGGAGGCAAACUCUCCACCCAAUACGAACACUGCCCCCAACCCUUCCCAGCCACCAAUGCAGGACCUGCAGUUGAGCUGAUUCCAUUCCAUCCUCUUCCAUUGCCCACCCCCAAGCUCUGGGUGUGCCUGCUAGUACCAUAACCCCCCACAAAUUCUCCCUACUGGACUUUUGGGAGGUCCGUUGUUCUGCUGAAGAAACAAGACUUGGGUUUAACUUUU